CCUAGUCCUCAUUCUCGCCCACAUCUCCGGCGCCGAUCGCUUGGUGGAAUCAAACAGAUCCUGCCAUGGCUGCCGAGACAGAGACCUUUGCUUUUCAGGCGGAGAUCAACCAGCUCCUCAGCCUCAUCAUCAAUACUUUCUACUCCAACAAGGAGAUCUUCCUUCGCGAGCUCAUCAGUAACUCCUCCGAUGCCUUAGACAAGAUCCGGUUCGAGAGUCUCACGGACAAGAGCAAGCUCGACGCUCAGCCGGAGCUCUUCAUCCAUAUUGUUCCGGAUAAGGCCACGAAUACCUUGUCCAUUAUUGACAGCGGUAUCGGUAUGUCAAAAUCCGAUCUGGUUAACAAUCUUGGUACAAUUGCCCGGUCCGGUACCAAGGAGUUCAUGGAGGCCCUCGCUGCUGGAGCUGAUGUCAGCAUGAUCGGCCAAUUUGGAGUUGGGUUUUAUUCUGCGUAUCUGGUGGCUGAAAGGGUCGUGGUGACCACCAAGCAUAAUGACGACGAGCAGUACGUUUGGGAGUCCCAGGCUGGGGGUUCGUUUACGGUUACCCGGGAUUCCUCAGGGGAGAAUCUUGGAAGGGGAACAAAAAUCACUCUCUUCCUCAAGGAGGAUCAGUUGGAAUAUCUCGAGGAACGCCGCCUUAAAGACUUGGUGAAGAAGCACUCUGAAUUCAUCAGCUAUCCCAUCUCCCUGUGGACUGAGAAAACCACUGAGAAAGAAAUCUCAGAUGAUGAGGAUGAAGAAGAAAAGAAAGACACUGAAGAGGGCAAGGUGGAAGAUGUUGAUGAGGAAAAGGAUGAGAAAGAGAAGAAAAAGAAGAAGAUCAAGGAGGUUUCCCAUGAAUGGUCAUUGGUCAACAAACAGAAACCCAUCUGGAUGAGGAAACCUGAAGAAAUCACCAAGGAAGAGUAUUCUGCUUUCUACAAGAGCCUCACAAAUGAUUGGGAGGAGCAUUUGGCUGUGAAACAUUUCUCGGUUGAAGGCCAACUUGAGUUCAAGGCUGUUUUGUUUGUGCCAAAAAGAGCUCCUUUUGAUCUCUUUGACACUAGGAAGAAGCUCAACAACAUCAAGCUCUAUGUUCGUCGUGUUUUCAUCAUGGACAACUGUGAGGAAUUGAUUCCUGAGUACUUGAGCUUUAUAAAGGGAAUUGUGGACUCUGAGGACCUUCCACUCAAUAUCUCAAGAGAGACUCUUCAGCAGAACAAGAUCCUCAAGGUUAUCCGCAAGAACCUAGUGAAGAAAUGCAUUGAGCUCUUCUUUGAGAUUGCUGAGAACAAGGAGGAUUACAACAAGUUCUAUGAGUCAUUCUCGAAAAAUCUCAAGCUCGGAAUCCAUGAAGAUUCCCAGAAUAGGUCUAAGAUUGCUGAAUUGUUGAGGUUCCAUUCCACCAAGAGCGGUGAUGAGAUGACAAGCCUCAAGGACUAUGUUACAAGAAUGAAGGAGGGCCAGAAUGACAUUUACUAUAUCACUGGUGAAAGCAAAAAGGCUGUGGAGAAUUCUCCCUUCCUUGAAAAGUUGAAGAAGAAGGGCUAUGAGGUUCUCUUUAUGGUUGAUGCGAUUGAUGAAUAUGCUGUUGGCCAGCUGAAGGACUUCGAGGGCAAGAAGCUUGUGUCUGCUACAAAGGAGGGACUGAAGCUGGACGAGAGUGAGGAUGAGAAAAAGACAAAGGAAACUCUAAAGGAGAAGUUUGAAGGGCUCUGCAAGGUCAUCAAGGAAGUGCUUGGUGACAAGGUUGAAAAGGUCGUUGUCUCUGAUCGCGUGGUUGACUCUCCCUGUUGUUUGGUCACUGGUGAGUAUGGAUGGACUGCUAACAUGGAGAGGAUCAUGAAGGCUCAAGCUCUGAGGGACUCCUCCAUGUCUGGUUACAUGUCGAGCAAGAAAACUAUGGAGAUAAACCCAGAGAAUCCAAUCAUGGAAGAGUUGAGGAAGCGGGCUGAUGCUGACAAGAAUGAUAAGUCUGUCAAGGAUCUGACAUUGUUGCUCUAUGAAACUGCCCUCUUAACUUCCGGUUUCAGUCUUGAUGAUCCCAACACUUUCGGCAACAGGAUUCAUCGCAUGCUCAAGUUAGGUCUCAGCAUCGAUGAGGAUGACAAGGUGGAAGACACCGACAUGCCUGCCCUUGAGGAAGGGGAUGCAGAGGAGAGCAAGAUGGAGGAAGUCGACUAAGCUUUUCAAUGCUGCUUGUUUGCUGGAGUUCGUGGUGCUAAUUUGAGUUUAUGGUUUUGCCGUGUCCUCUACUUAUCCAUGCCUUGACAAAGUCUAUUUUCCUUGCAGUAGCCUUAAGACUAAUAGAAGCUUUAAGUGCAUUUUAUUUUAAUAUCUACUUGGACAUUUUGCUUAAUUCUAUCUUAAUUUGAUAUUUAGUGAAA